AUGGCCCAGGGGACAGUGACAGUGGCCCCAGAGCAGCCCACCUAUGCCGUGUGUGUGCUGGGCACCGAGCCUCAGCUGGAUGUCUACGGCUCUGCCCCCAAGGACUGCACAUCCUUUAGCAUCAAUGCUUCCCCAGGAGUGGUCGUAGAUGUUGCCCACCGCCCUCCAGCCAAGAAGAAUCUCACAGGUUCCUCCAAGUGGCCCCUGGACCCUGGGCUGGAGGUGAGCCUGAAGAUGAGAGCUGCCAGCGAUAGCACAGGUGACCGGAAGGUUCAGAUUUCAUACUAUGGACCCGAGACGACUCCAGUUGAAGUCCUGCUCUACAUCACCGGGGUCGAAAUCUCCUUGAGCGCGGACUUCACUCGCACUGGCAAAAUGAAGUCCACCGGAGGCAGGAAGGACCAGAGGACCUGGACCUGGGGCCCUCAUGGGCAGGGCGCCAUCCUGCUAGUGAACUGUGACAGAGACAAUCCCAAAUCUUCCACUGUGGACUGCAAGGAUGACCAGCUUGACAGCCAAGACCUGAAGGACAUGUCCUUGGUGAUCCUGAGCACGAAGACCCCCAGGGACUUCAGCAAGCACCAGCUGGUGCUCCAUGUGGCCAAGUCUGAGAUGGAUAAAGUCAGGUGUUUCGAGCCAAUGGUGAACAAACAGCCCUCCAGGUACGGCAUGAUCCUGGGGCCACGGCACCCCUCUCACCCCCUGGAGCUCCAGGGUGGCCAUCACAGCACAGACUUCUAUGUGGAGGGCCUGGCUUCCCCAGACGCCAGCUUCCCAGGGCUCGUUUCCCUCAAUGUCUCCCUGCUGUUAUUUGCAAAUGAGGAUUUCCUGAAGUCAGUGGCUGCUCUGGCCAAGAAAGCCAGGUGCAGGCUGACGGUCUGUGCCAAGGAGGAGAGCACGAAUGACCGGUGGAUGCAGGAUGAGAUGGAGAUCGGCUACAUCCAAGCCCCACACAAAACGCUGCCCGUGGUCUUUGCCUCCCCAAGGAACAGAGGCCUGAAGGAUUUCCCCAUCCAAUGCAUGCUGGAGCAGCAGGAUGAAUUUGCCAGCUGUGCUGAGACUUUGGCCCUUCUCGCUGAUUUCAGUCCUAUUGUGUUCCAUGGCCAUGUCUCCAAGAGUCUCAGCUUCAAUGCCCUCCUUAGUGAGGCCAUCCUGGUACUGAAGGACACAUCCACGCCCCUGGCAUUCUCCACUGUAGCACUGCUGGUUCCUUCUGUUAUAAAUCACCAGACUGUUUACUUUCCAUCCUCUGUCUCCCCGCUAGACUGGAAGCACCACAAGGGCACGCCUGGGCUCAAGGAAAGCCAGGAGACGCACCAGGACCUGCAGGAUUUCCUCAGUGCCCAGCAGGUGCAGGCCCCUGUGAAACUCUACUCCGACUGGCUGUCUGUGGGCCACGUGGAUGAGUUCCUGAGCUUCGUUCCAGUGCACAAGAAGGGCUUCUGGCUGCUCCUGGCCAGCCCCAGGUCCUGCAACAAACUGUUCCAGGAGCGAAUGAAGGAAGGCCAUGGGGAGGCUCUGCUGUUCCAAGGGGUCAAGAACAAAACCCAGCAGAAAAUAAAGGACAUUCUGUCAAACGAGAAACUGAGAGAACAUAAUUCAUAUGUGGAGAAAUGCAUCGACUGGAAGGAGCUGGGCGUGAAGGAAGGGGACAUCGUGGACAUCCCCCAGCUCUUCAAGCUCCAGAAAGGCUUCAAAGGGACCCUCAAGGUGGAAGCCUUUUUCCCAAACAUGGUGAACAUGCUGGUGCUGGGGAAGCGCCUGGGCAUCCCCAAGCCCUUCGGGCCCAUCAUCAAUGGCCGCUGUUGCCUGGAGGAGAAGGUACGGUCCCUGCUGGAGCCUCUGGGCCUCCACUGCACCUUCAUCGAUGACUUCUACAUACAUGUUCAGCAGGGGAAUGUGCACUGCGGCACCAACGUGCGCCGGCAGCCCUUCUCCUUCAAGUGGUGGUGCAUGGUGCCCUGA